AUGGUAUCAUCCCCUACUACUCUCUUCCCCCCUUUCUCCUCCAAUACCAAUAACCCUAAUAACACAGACACUAACACUGACACUCACUUUCCAAUCACUACUUCCCUCGACCCUUUCCCUAUCGUCUCCCUUCCCCAAAUCCACCACACCCCUGCCACCCACGACGACACCUUCCAAAUCACCCCCGACUCUGAAGGAGAAGUCGGUGAUCCCGGCCCCGUCGACAACACCUUUCGUUUCCGUCAGCCCGCCUCAACUCCAGCAUCGAAAUCUACCGUCGAAUCGAUCCCCACCGUCAAAAUCACGAGCUCAUUGUUGGCUGCCGAUAUUCUCCUCUGUCCGGUCUGCAAGGACGAGUUCGUUGUCGGUGUCGAGGCUAAGCAGUUGCCUUGCAAGCACCUUUACCAUUGUGAUUGCAUCCUGCCAUGGUUGUCGCAGCACAAUUCUUGCCCCGUUUGUCGCUUUCACCUCCCCACAGAUGAGCCCGAGCAGCCCAACCGCAGCAUAUUUAAUCGAGGGUCUAGGGUUCAAGUGAGGUUUAGGAAUUUGAUGGUGGCUGAGGCUUUCUUGCGGAAUGCGCAUAAUAUUGAUGGGAGGCACAGGUCUGUGUUUCCGGUGAGGUCAACUGCUGCUACUGCGGACUCACCUCAGAUGGCACAAGCUGAGACCAGCUCCGAGGGACCUGCGAAUAGUGGUGAGACUGUUUCCAGCUGGCCGAUUGAGGGAGGAAGUAGGACCCUUCUGAGUGCUAGUAGUGGUGGCGUGGGCGAGAGUACCGCCGGAUUGGAUGAGGAUGGUGAUACUGUAUUGUCUGAAAUUAGGGGUUAUUUGUCUUCCGAUUGAGUGGCUUUUGGGGAUUCUAUUUUUGCAGACGUCAGUCUAUGUAAAAUAAUGUUAGAUGGGAGAUAUUUUGGGUGUUCUACUCUCUGACCUAAGCCAACUUAUCCAAAAAGUGCCUGUGUCCUCAUCCUCCCCGAAAGAAGAAAGAAUUCCUGAUGAUCUCCAAAACUGAGGUAGGAAAAUCCACUGUAAUUACUUAGUUAAAGAAGUAAUCAGAACCGGAAGACCUGCAUACUUCUCGGAUGUAAAUGUGUGUUUCUUGUGCUUUACUUUUUGUUCUUUAAUCUCUUGCCUUAGAUCUUGUUUGUUUUCUUCUCCUCCACCAGUUACAUUUUUAUUUUGGUGAGAUGGAACCCAUUCCUUUGAUAUCUGAGUCUGUGGAAUGUACAUUAAUUUUGCUUCCAUUCUUUGAAAUACUAAGAAAUAGAAGGUGAAGCUUUUUUUUU